GCGCUUUGUUUAUUCUUUGAUCUUUAGAUCUUCCAGAUCAAAGGCUGCGUUUAAAUUUCGAACGCUACACCAGGCUGGUUGUUCUGUACAAGGUUGCACCAGAUCUUUGCUGACAUUCUUGUUUGUUUGCUUAUUUAUUUGAACAUAUCGGACCUUCAUCUACCACCGGGUAAUGAUCACUGCUUAAGCUAGACUUUGCGGUGUAAACAAAUGAGCAUGACGAACGCGUCAUAUGAGGAGACGAGCAUCAUCAUCAUCAUCAUCACCAUCUCACCGACGCAUAAAGACGAGACGACUUAGCUUAGACUUGUUUCCUCGGUUUUUGUUUUCACGCUCCCGACCUGCGCGAUUACGCACUGCGCAUUUUAUUACAACACUUGCAUCGAUGCAGAUUACAGUAAGGAUAUGUGGAUACAUUUUGGAGGUCAGAAGUGCUGAGUGUGCGCUUUUAUUAGCAGAGAGGACGGAAGGACUGCAGACGCUCAGAAACCGUCCGAGUGCUUUGUGAACGCUGCGUCAGCUGACCUCACCCACCAACCAUCAUGUUCUCCAUCUUGGCUGCGGGCUCUGUUUUUUUCCCCGGGCUUUUCCUUUUGUCCAAGCAGUGUCUGAAACGGCUGCCUGGUCUGAGAUGGAGCGAGGGGGAUGCGGUCAUGGUGUCAGCCAGGUUGGUGUCAUCUGUCCAAGCGGUCAUGGCCUCUUCAGCUGGUUACAUCAUCUCCAGUUCCUGUGAUGACAUCAUCGAGGAUCAGCACUGGCUGACCACCUCCUACAUCCUGUUCGCCGUGCCCUACUUCGUGUACGAUAUAUAUGCCAUGUUCCUGUGCUACUGGCAUAAGCUUCAGGUCAAAGGUCACGAGGUGGAUAACGGGCCCAAGAGCAAGUCCGUGGCCUUGAGCAGCUACCUCCGCAGAGAGUUCCUCAUGGUCUUACAUCACGUCGUCAUGGUCACCGUGUGCUUCCCUGUCUCCGUGUUCUGGAGGCAGGGGAAGGGUGAUUACAUCCAGGGCGUCAUGUUCCUAGCUGAGCUCAGCACUCCGUCUGUCUGCCUAGGCAAAAUCCUUAUCCAGUACAAGCAGCAGCACACGCUACUUCACAAAGUGAAUGGGGCUCUCAUGCUGGUCACUUUCUUCAUCUGUCGAGUCCUUCUCUUCCCCUACCUCUACUAUGUUUACGGCAGGUACGCAUCUAUCCCUUUCUACCGGGUCCCUUUCGCCGUGCCCUGGCAGUGUAACUUGGGUUCCGCGCUGCUCAUGGCACCGCAGCUUUACUGGUUCUGCCUCAUCUGCCGCGGUGCUCUGCGCCUGUUCACCGGCCGUUCCCCGCGUUCCCGUAGCCCCACCUCUCCCUCCAAACACCUGCAGGAUGCACCCUCGUCAUCAUCAUCAUCUUCUCAACCGGCCAAUGGCUACAGUGGUCGGGUGGCGACUCUAGACCCGCCCACCAACACGAUCCACUAAGAAAGACAUUCAGCUAGAGAACUAAUAUAUAUGUGUGAAUGUGUGUGUGUAUGAGUUUGGGACUAAACGCGUCACAGAAUGAGCCUGUAUGAAUAAACUGUGAAGAAGAAGCAGAUUAAAAUAAUCUGAGAAAAAGAUGCAAUAGUGGAUCUGGAGAUACAGGAAGCAUAACAGAAUAGGUGUCCUAUAACAGUACUAUACAGAACUAUUAUUAGCUCCAUGACACAUGUACUGCAUAUAGGACUGCUUUUAGUAGAAAUAUAAGAGCUGUGCUCAAAAAAAAAAAGAGAGAGAGAGAGGGCUGUUGUGUUUGCACAAUAGGCAAGCCUAUGUCAAAUGCACAUGAACAACCGAGGCAAUAUGCGUCAUUAUUAUGCAUUAUAUGACACUAAAUGGGUUAUAAUGACUGAUUAAAUAGGCAUGUUUUGGUUUUGUGCAAGAAAUAAUACAUUCAAAGAUGAAUAGCUGUGAAACUUUCAUGUAAAAAAAAAAUCUAAUUGAAAUGCAAUUAUUUUCAAAUAAAAGUUUAGCUGUCAAUAAAACGUUAAUUGGUUUAAUGAACAAUUAGAUCUGAUCUGUAGAUUCUGAUCUGUAGAUUCUGAUCCGCAAUCACAUUAAUUAAACACUACUGAGCUUUUUAAAACCUCUACAGAGAAAAAAAAAAACCCUUUCUGGAAUGUAUUAUUUUGUACAUGCUAGUUCCUUGUUUUUAGACAGCCUGGCUAAGCUUACUAACCGAAGCAUAAAAAGAAAAGGUGAGAUGCUACUCAAAAGUCCUGUCCUAAGGCCUUAUGGAGACCUGUGUAUUGACUUUAAGGCAGAACAUUCAGGUAGAUCUUAACCAGCACUAUCAACCGUAUCUAUCUAUAUAUCUCUCUCUAUAUAUAUACUACUUGUAUAUACAAAGAUAAAAUAGACAACCACGAAUUUAUAGGUGAAAAACGAAUGAUCAAAUAUAUCGCUGCCUUAUCCUUUUGGAAUUUUUUUUUGUUUUAGUUAAUCUUUGCUUUUUUUUUUGGUUACGGGAGAGUAUUAAAAUUAUUUAAAAAAAUAUAUAUAGUGUGGACGAGUCAAAGGGGAAAAUAUUCUCUUACCGUUUUUAUUUAUGCGUAGUCUUUGAAAAUAUUUUGUUUUCUUGUAUGUUCCUAUGUAUUUAUUCGUUUUUUUGUUUUAAAUGUACUUUUACUUUUAUUUAAUUGUUUAGUGUUCUGUCCACUCAAUUAAAGAUUUAUUUUUGUCAUCAUACUGGUUAUGACGAUGUAUGUUGAAACUCAUAGCCUGUAUUGAAUACCUAAAUUAUUAAAGUUAUGGACAUAUGACCCUACAGUAAACCUGAAAUGCUUGCAACUGCUGUUUUGCUUUU